GACAUACCGAACUGCCCGGCCCGCAGCCGCCGGGCACACGGGUUUCGAUUGCCAUGGGGGAUAAAGACAAGGCUCCGAAGAAGAAGGCGCUCAAUGUGAAUCUUGGCGUCUUGGGCCACAUCGACAGUGGCAAGACCUCCAUAUGUCGGAUGCUUUCCACUGUCACGUCCACUGCCUCGAUGGACAAGAGUCGAGAAUCCCAGGAGCGCGGUAUCACGCUGGACCUGGGCUUCUCGUCCUUUGUUACGGAUGCUCCUGAGCACAUCCAGGCGGCGGGCUAUGAGGCGAUCCAAUGGUGCCUGGUGGAUUGCCCGGGCCACGCCUCGCUGAUCCGCACCGUCAUAGGCGGAGCGCAGAUCAUCGACCUGUGCGCUUUGGUGAUUGACGUCAACAAGGGCAUCCAGACCCAGACGGCGGAGUGCAUGGUGGUUGCGGAGAUCCUGGCCAACCAGCUGGUGGUCAUCCUCAAUAAGGUCGACAUGGUUCCUGCCGACAAGCGGAAGAAGAUCCUGGACAAAGUCAUCAAGGAGCUGCGAAAAACCUUUGCUCGCACAAAGUUCGGCGAGAACCUGCCCUUUGCUUGCGUGUCGGCGCAUCCGCAGGACGGCUCGGAUCCGAUCGGGUCUGAUGAGCUGAUCACUGUCAUCAAGAACACCCUGGCGAUACCUCAGCGAGAUCCCUCCGGGCCCUUUAUGUUCGCCUUUGAUCACGCCUUUGCGAUCAAGGGCCAAGGCACUGUGCUCACAGGUACGGUGCUCUCGGGUACCGUGAAGCCUCAGAUGGGCAUUGUGGUGCCUCAGGUGGGCGAGGCGGGCAAGAACAAGAAGGUGCGCAGCCUUCAGAUGUUCCGGCAGCCAGUGCAGCAGGCCAUCCAAGGCGAUCGUGUCGCCAUGUGUGUCGCAGCACUGGAUGCCAAGGAGCUGGAGCGCGGCAUUGUGCUUGGGGAGAAGUUCCCAGUGCCCUUGCUGGAUGCGGCGGUGUGCGUGGUGGACAAGAUCAGCUACUUCAAGAGUACUGCGACCACCAAGUCCAAGUUCCAUGUGACCUUGGGCCAUCAAACCGUCAUGGCGACCGCCCACUUCUUCUGCCCCUUCCCUUCCAGCUCCAGGAGCGCGGGAACACAGGAACCGGCGCAGGAGAAGCCGAAGGAUGUCAAGGGCGGGUACCCAAGUGCAGGCUCAGGCGGACCCACCUUGGCCAUGGGCUGUGGAGCUGCUGUCUCGGAGAGGCAAAGCGGUUGGCCGACCAGCUUCGACUUUUCACAGGCCUAUCUGCACGUGGAGGAGCUUUGGCAGUCCAACACCGCGGUGGAAUACGAGAACACCGACGGAGACGUCGUGAAGCUGUCGCCCUGCGAGCCCGGCAAGCUUUUGUUCGAGCUGAACGGCAUCACGAAGGCCGAGGUCACCGAAUUGAGGUUCGACCGCGCCAGCGGCCAACUCCUCAUGCAAGACAGCCUGCCUUUGGGUUCCUCGCUUGAUAGCAGAAGCGUAGUGCCGCUAAAGGACCGGGACCGCAUCAUGUACCUUCUCAGCUGGUUGGCGCAGAAGAGCGGCGUGCCCGGCUUGAAGGACGCCGAGGAGCCGUUGUUUUACGCCCUUCUGCUGCUCGAGAAGCCCGUGCUGUGUCCCAUGGGGAGUUUGGUCAUCGGCAGCAAGCUGGACUUUGAUAUUCACAGUCCCAACUGCCGCAUGGCCUUCUUCGGGCGCGUCUUGAGCCCCGCCAACCCCAAGGACUUGAAGCAGAUACGCUUAGUGAAGAUGAAGCAGAAGGUCGGAGUGAUGGAUAGAGUGGACAAGCAGGAGCCCACUCUCAUCAUUUGCAAAGACAUGUUCAAGGCAGACUCCGACCUCCAAAGCUUCGUGGGUCUCAAGAUCACCCACGAGUCCUCCGGCUUGGAAGGCAUCUUGGAGGGCAGCUUUGGCCAAGACGGCCGCAUCAAGGUCCGCUUUAAGGAGGAGCUCAAGGGCCUGCAGGUUGAUGCCAAGGGCAACAUCAAAGGCGAAGAGCGGAUCUCGCUGUUCUUCAAGAAGUUCGACUUUGAAAAGACGAACACCAUCGUCCAGUAGGAAGGACUCGUGAGGGAGAUCCUUGCAGAUGCACUCACGCACCGUCAUUUGAUCAAGCGAGCCUCGAGUACAAAGAUAUUCGGACUUCAACUGAAUUGAUGCUUCCUAAAAUUUGGAACC